AUGUUGCCAGGAGUCGUACGUCCAAUCAACUUUCCCCCCAAUUAUACCCCACUGCCACCAGGAUAUGUCGAAUUCAAUCUUGCUUCCCAUCUGUUGAUGCUUGGACGUGUCGAGCAUGUAUCUCCUCAAACAAUUCGUGGUCUCAAUCAAUUUCUUCAAGAAAUGGAACCUGUAAUGAUGUGGAAUUCGUGUAACGGAUGUCUCAUUGGUGCUGAAUCCGAACUGAGCCUUGAUGCGACUCCAACUUCCCACAGUUUCUACCACAAAUUGGCCGCAAAAUACCAAGCACGCCGUCGUCUUCGAUUCACCACCGUCAAGCGCUAUUUUGAGGAUAAGUAUAAAAUAACCCUUAGUUAUCCAAAUUCCCCACUUCUCCGUGAUCCUUCUGGAUCAAUGUUCCCAAUUGAAUGUGUCUGGAUCCGUUUCCGUGUUCGUUAA